UCAUAUUUUGAUUUUGUAAGAAUCCGAAAUCACUUGAAAAAUGAAAAUGAAAGUUUUAUUCAACUUCAUGAAUAUGCGAAGGAAGGAAAGGUGCAUUACUUGUACUUUCAGGUGGCUAAAGGUCGUCAACUGUUUUAUCGAAAAGAAAAGAAACUGAUGUUGUUAACGGAGCGUUUUCAUUUCUAUCGACGUUAUAACAUUAAGGGCAUAAAGUCAGUUGUAUUUUAUCAGCCUCCAGCGCAGCCCACAUUUUACCACGAACUAAUCAAUUUGGUAGUGAGCGAAUGCGUAUAUGUUCGAUUGCUAUAUACAAAACUAGAUUUCCUACGUUUAGCCAAUAUAUUUGGUGACCAAUGUGCCCAAAAAAUCAUCGCGUCCCAAAAAGCAGUCCACGUUAUCGUAAGUCGGUAA